AUGGCUUCCUCGUCAAACAACCCAUCGGGAGGUGUCCCACCAAACCCUCCACCAAACCCAAGCAAUACAAACCAUCCAAACGCAGCCCCUCUUCACACACACACUCACCAAACUCUGCCAGCUCCGGCAGCGAUGCACCAAGUUGGGCCACACUUUUCGCAACCAAAUACGGUAACUGCGCCAGCAGCUAGCUCUCAUCAACAGGCUCAACCUGCACCCGUUACCUCAUUUAUUGGCGGAGCCAAUUUACAGCAAUAUAUUUCAAGUGCUCUGGUAAAUCAUACCACUGCUUUAAACCAGUUUGCGUCAGGUUUGAACAGACUUGGACUGCAACAACUUCAGCAAUUGCAACAGGCACAACAGCAACAGCGGCAGCCUCAAACAGUUCAACAAAACGGUUCAUGGAGAGAUACAGCAUCAGCAGAAGUCUUGCAAAUCAUGGCAUACAUGGAACACCUUGUGAAGAAAUCUACAAUCGAAUCUGGUGCUAUGAACGCCACGAAGAAAGAGUCUUCAAGACUGCUCGAAGGAAUAUGCUCGGCCUGGAACGACGGAGACUAUAGCGACUUCCAGAUAACCUGUCGAGGACACAAAUUUCUCGUGCAUAAGCUAGUACUUGGUACCCAGUCAGGCUAUUUCAGCGUAUUAUUCCGAAAUAACUUCAAGGAAGUAAGCACGGGCGUUCUUGAACUCGAGAACGACGAUCCAAAGAUCGUCCGACUCGUGCUAGAGUGUCUCUAUAAGCCACCUCGCGCCCAUGGCCAUCGUCUCGGUAAGUGGUUUGGGGACAGCAGGUCUAUUCCCAGAUUGGUCGACGCAUAUAUCUUGGCGAAUAAAUGGCAAAUUCCUGAAGUCCAAGAACUGGCCUGUUCCAAGUAUAAAGCCAUUCUUGAGCAGCAUCCUCUUGCUCCUGAAUUCACCGAAAGCUUGAAGACCAUCUUCAACCUGGACGAUGGCUUUCCAGCGGAUAACAAUAAUGGAAAGAUGAUAGGGGUGGCGUUGGAACACUUCGCAUCAAACGAUGUGGCUCUGUUUGGGGAACAGCAUUUCCGUACACUAGCAGCGGAGCAUGGUGAUAUAGUGAGCGAAAUGAUGAACCAGCAAUUUGUGUAUUGCCAAGGGAAGGCAGCUCAAAAGAACUCUCCAGGGGGAACUUCGAAGUAG